AUGAGUCAAUCUAGAACGAAUAUUUUGGGUGCUGUUUUUGGUAUCGGUAUGAACAUAAACAGCAUCAUUGGGUCAGGGAUCGUUACCACAGCAGGAAUGAUAUGGAAUUCAGUAAAGUCUCCAGGAAUUGUAUUAUUAUUAUGGUUUAUUGGUGGAAUUAUUAGUAUGUCGGGAUCAUUAGUAUAUUCUGAACUUGGUGUUAAACAUAAGGAUAGUGGAGGAGAAUUGAAAUAUUUACAAGCUGCUUAUCCAAACCCAAAACUUUUAAUAAGCUACCUUUUUAGCUUUAUGUACAUUUUAGUGAUUAGGCCGGGAAUUACAUGUGCAAUUUUACAUUCUGCCGCGAAAUAUUUUUGGUAUAUGAUUAAUGGACCUCAAAAUGAUAACAAGAUAGAUAUCGAUGAAUGGAAUUUUCCAUUUUCUCCAUUUUGUUCUGUAAAAUUCAUAGCGAUUGCAAUUUUAUUUAUUAUAACAGCAUAUCAUAUGAUUAAUAAUAGACUGGCAAAUGUUAUAAAUCAAACACUUUCAGUUAUAAAAUUGAUCACAUACUCAAUUAUCGCAAUAGCUGGAAUUUUCAGAUUGAUUUUAGAUUGGGAAAUAAGUCGUACCAAUUGGCAAAAACCAUUAAGCGUAAAUAAAGAUUUUACAGCUUAUCCUUCCGCUAUUUUAUUGAUAAUGUUUAGCUAUAAUGGAUGGAACAAUUUAAAUUAUUCGCUGGAUGAGUUUAGAAGUGUAGAAAAUAAGUUUCUUGUCAGUAAUGGUAUCAGUGUUGUCAUUGUUACAUUCUUAUAUCUUCUUAUAAAUAUUGCGUUUAUUUCUGUUAUACCUGAAGAUAAGAUACGACUACAGGAUAGAAGAACGGUUCAAAUCAUAGCCGUACCCUUUUUUGAAAAAUUAUUUGAUAACAAUGUAAUAUUAGUAAAAAUAUUUGAGUUUCUAAUUGUACUUUCUUUAAUUGGUACUGCUGCAUCAAAUAUAUGGAGUGGAUCAAGAGUCAUUGUUGCAGCCGCAACAUCGGGUUUUUUUCCAAAAUAUUUACAUCAAUUAAAAAUUUGGCAUCAAUACUGUAACACGCCAAUUAAUGCAUUGUUAGCGCAAUUUAUUUGGUGUAUGUUAUUUAUUUUGUUUAUUGGGAGUAGUUUUGUCAUUACAAGUUUUGAAUUAUAUUCUUCUUUUGCAAUGUACAGUCAUUGGAUUUUUUAUCUUGCCAUUGGUAUAGGGUUAUUUGUAAUUCGAUUCAAAAGGUAUAAGGAUGGAAAUGCUGACCCUAUAAUAACAUUUAAAGUUUCGUUUCCCAUAGCAGGAAUUUUUAUAUUAGCAGGUUUAUUUAUAAUUAUAUGUUCUUUUUUUGUCGACGUUCAAUGUCCAACUUCUACAUCACCUGAUCCAGUUGUUUGUAAUCAAAUCGAAAGGAUCCAAAAAAUGGUUCCAAUGUUUAUUAGUUAUGGUUUUCUUUUUAUUGGUUUGAUUUUUUGGUAUUAUUAUUGGUGGGAGACUAAUAAAAACGAUGUGACAAAAGAGAAAUCAACUGAAUGUAAGGAAGUAGAGGAAGUAGAUGUUGAGGUAGAAAGAGAAGCAGUAAUGACAGAAGAAGCAAUCGACAAUUUAUAUGAAGAUGAUGAGAUAGAUAAAGACUAUGAAGGAUCUGAAAAUGCAUCUGAAAUUUUUGCUAAUUUUUAA